CCUACCCCUAAAGCCAUCUCCAUUCUCUAUCUUAAUUUACUCUUACCCUUUUCCUUUUCUUCUGUUUUUUCACCUUCAGUAUACCGCUAGCUCCAAGCCUCCAAGUCCACACAGAUACAGAUAGAUACACACCCACAUACACAAAAUCAAGCCUUUCGAGUUUAGAGGAAACCGAGGAGUGCUUAAUCUGAUUUUUUAUGGAUGGAUCCUUCUAAUGGACAACCCCAGCAAAUGUCUAACCAGUCACUGGAGAACAUGUUAGGUUGCUCAAAAGCACAACAAGAGAGGAAGCCAAGACCUCAGCCAGAACAAGCUCUGAACUGCCCAAGAUGUGACUCCACCAACACAAAAUUUUGUUACUACAACAAUUAUAGUCUUUCUCAGCCAAGAUAUUUCUGCAAGUCUUGCAGGAGAUAUUGGACCAAAGGAGGAACACUGAGGAAUGUUCCAGUGGGUGGAGGAUGCAGGAGGAACAAGAGGUCAUCAUCUUCAUCUUCAAAGAAGGCUCAGGAUCAGACAUUCACACCCAAUUCAAACCCACUCACUAGCCUUCCUCAUUUGUCUUAUGACUCCAGUGACUUCACCCUAGCAUUAUCUAGGUUCCAAAAACAAUCAUGUGGGCAAUUGGGUUAUGAUGACCAUGAUCUUUCGAUUUUGGGGAAUCCCUCAAGCUCCUUUUGUGAUAUUCUUGGCAACACAGGCAUGAACCCUUCGUCGACAAACCCUGGAUUCUUGGAUGGACUUAGAGCUGGGUUCCAAGGAACCCAGAAUGAUAUUCAAAAUAUGUACUUUAUGCAUGGAAAUGGGGACAUGGGAGAGGUGGAUAAUGGAAAUUCUUGUGGGGUUGGGGUUAGUGGAGAUAUGAUGCUCCCUUAUGAUCAAGAAAUGAGCAAUGCAGCCAUGAAACAAGAAGUUUAUAGUGGCAGGGAACAAAGUGAAAGUAAGGUAAUGGGGGGUUUCCCAUGGCAGCUCAAUGGAGACACAAACAUGGCUGAAUUUGAUUCAGGAAGAGCAAGUUGGAAUGGUUUCACAUCUUCUUGGCACGGACUUCUUCAUAGUCCCCUCAUGUAGACCCUGGAUUCUCCUAAAAGACACUGAUUUCCUCUAAUGUUUGACUAGAAUAUCUGUCUUAAUUAAACUAUCAAUCCUCUUGAGUACUUUUGGUUAAUAGGGUCUUGUUUGUGUUUUUAUUUUUAUUUUCUCCUUUAUUUUGAUCUCCUAAAUAGUGAAAUUUUUGUACUGUUAUCCUUUUAUUGAUGAACAGACUAAUGAAAUUUAAGAUUUG